CUCCUUGAACUGGUCAUUCUAAUCAGUAGAAUAUCGUAUUUACAAAUUCCAGAAACCAGAAGGUUUUCAUUUCACUUCACUAAUCAUCACCCCUUUUGAUGAGUGAAGAGCUGAAAUUGAGGUGUUUUGCAAGAAUAUGCAACUUUUGCAGUGAUUAAAAGGUGUUGGUAUAAGAAGCGAGGAAGAAAAUGGAUUCGUCUAAGAGUGCCAAGUUUGAUGGAACAGACGAGCCAGGAAUCAAAACAGACAAGCCAGGAACGGUUAAAAGUCUUGAAUCAGUUGAAAUUUUUGAGAGUGUAAAAAAUGAUGAAUUUGAAGAGGAAGAGUACCGGAGAAAGACACGUAAGCGCCUGAUCAUCAUUGCUAUUUCCUCUGUUAUCUUGGUGCUGAUCAUUAUCGGAGCAAUAAUUGGAAUUCUUGUUCCAAUGCGCACCAAAAAUAUUUCCUCUUCUCUUCCCAUCAAGGACAGAGAUUCCAUCAAAGCUAUAUGCAACUCAACUUUGUAUCAAGAUUCUUGCUAUUCUAGCAUAUACUCUCUCCAGAUGUCCUCAAGCAAAAAUUCACCGUCCGAUCCUGACACUCCGGAGGAGAUUUUCAUGCUAUCUCUACAGGUCACGCUCAACGAGCUUGUGACGCUGAAAUCUUCCAUGUCAAUAAAACUUGUUUCCUUCAGAAAAAACAAUAAAAACGAUUCCAGCACUGAAAAUGCAUUGGAAAAUUGUGAGGACCUCAUCCAGGAUGCAAUUAAUCACGUUAACAUGUCGAUGUCCUCUAUGCAGCAAGACAGGUUUUCAGCAUAUGUGGUUAGUGAUAUCAGGACAUGGCUCAGUACUGCAAUCACGGAUCAGCAGACAUGUUUGGACGGGCUAACAGAGUUUGAAAACAUUUCUGUGUCUCUCCAGGGAGAAAUCAGGGCAUUGAUGGAAAAUGCAACGGAGUUUACAAGCAACAGCUUGGCAAUCAUUUCUAACAUUUUCACAAUCAUCAGAGAAUUCCAGGUUAAUCCAGCUCAUAGGAAGUUGCUACAGGAAAACGGUGCCACAGGAUGGAUGCACCGGAGGCUGCUAAAGGCCGAGGUGGUGAAUUUGAGGCCAAACCUAACUGUAGCAAAGGAUGGGACUGGGGAUUAUCAGACUAUAUCCAAAGCUGUGAAUGCCGUGCCUAAAAGAAGCAGCGACAGAUUCCUUAUUUAUGUAAAAGAAGGAGAAUAUGAAGAACAGGUAGUGGUUGAUUCCGAUUCUUGGAAUGUAAUGAUAUAUGGAGAUGGAAUGAACAAGACAAUAGUUUCUGGCAGCUUGAACUAUGCAGAUGGAGUGGCCACAUACAAUUCAGGCACCUUGAUAGCAGAAGGGAGAGGCUUCAUCGCAAGAGACAUAGGCUUCAAGAACACGGCCGGCCCAGCAAAACUCCAAGCAGUAGCUCUAAGAUCUUCAUCAGACAAAUCCAUUUUCUUACGGUGCUCCAUUGAUGGAUACCAAGACACGCUCUACGUACACGCGAAUCGCCAAUUCUUUGCCGGUUGCCUGAUUACCGGUACCAUCGACUUCAUCUUCGGAAAUGCAGCAGCAGUUUUCCAGAAUUGCAGCAUUCAACCUCGGCAACCGGGGCCAGGCCAGUACAACACUGUUACUGCACAAAGCAAAUCAGACCCGAACCAGAAUACAGGCAUCUCAAUCCAACAGUGUAGUAUAAGCCCAUCCGGCAACCUGACAGCCCAAACUUUCCUCGGCAGGCCCUGGAAUAAUUACUCGACGACUGUCAUCAUGGAAACAGAUAUCCAGGGGAUUAUAGACCCUGCGGGCUGGAUUCCAUGGGAGCCCGGCAGGGAAGCACCUGAUACGAUAUUCUACGCUGAGUACAAGAAUACUGGGCCUGGAUCAGUUCUGAAUCAACGAGUAAUGUGGCCUGGAUACAGGCCGAACAUUACAGAAGAGGAAGCUGAAAAGUUUUACGUAGAGCCCUUUAUCCAGGGAGACCAAUGGCUGAUUAGGGCAGAUGUAAGGGUAUGAUUCACACACAUCACAUUGUUUUCGUCUCUCCAAUUCUUCGAUUUUAUUUCUCACUUGUCCAUAAAAUUGAGCCCGUAAGAUUCUUGCACAACAUUGAAAUUUCCUAAUUGUUAUUGCACGGAUUGGAUUUUCUAUUCCACGUAAAUCUGGAACUUAUAUUUGAUUUAACACAUACACGCUAUGUACAUA